AUGACGGCGUCCGUGACUGCCCCCGAGCCGUCACAACAACCUCUACCCCAAGCCGGUCUGGGAGAGGAACAAUCGACUCGAUCCCAACCUGAAAACCCUCUAAUCAUUGUCAUUGACGACGACAAAAAUGGCGAGCCUUCGUCCGGCUCGAAGGGGACGGUGAGAGGCAUCGAGAAAGACGAGGUAGGGAAAAUAAUCCUUGCAAGUGCUGCAGGGGCGGAUACUGGUGCCGAGACACUCUUUCAAGACCCUUGGAGAGGGACCGUCGUCCCUGUCGAAUCGGAUUCCAGCUCGAAACAUCAUCAUCAUCGACCUCAACAUCCUCUUUCUCUCCGCCGCCACUCAAACAGCUGUGUGGAGCAUGGCUUCGCUCAUCACCUCUCGUACUCUGUUACACCGCUCUGGAAGCGCACUUGGAGAGCGCUCGUCUCGUCAAUGCCUCUGAUACGCCGACAUCCCCCCGGCCACCUUCACCAUCAGCCGCGUCAAACCCACAUUGUUACCUCCAACAACCACGCCAUAUGGGCCGAGAAAUCUCCGCUUCCCCACAACAGCAACAACAACAUUAACGACGAUGAUGACCGAGACGACGAUGAUGACCGAGACGACGAUGAUGAUCCUACAUUGAAGGAAUACGACGACUCCGAACCAGAGCCGUCUCACCCGUAUUGUCGCGCAGGUGUGGCCGCGACCAUUGUGGGCUUGCUCGCAAUCAUUGGCCUGGGUUUCAUCCUCUUCUUCAUCCCCGACCACCACAACCUUAUCGAUCGCACAUUCCGCAUCUCUACCGACGAUCCCACUCACGAUGUGCGACCUGUUCACUGCCACUCGCACAAUGACUACUGGCGUCGGGUGCCUCUUUUCUCCGCCAUCUCCGCCGGCUGCAUUGGCGUCGAGGCCGACAUCUGGCUGUACGACAACGACCUCUUUGUCGGACACGAUACCUCAUCAUUGCGCCGUAACCGGACGCUCCAAAGCCUCUACGUGAAUCCACUUCUGAACCUUCUCGACCGGCAAAACGGCCUGAUUUCCAGUAGUAACAACAAUAACGACAAUAACAUCGCGGACAAACCAGUCGUACUCGACAACUCCACCUUACCAUCCAUCGCAUCAUCAUCAUCAUCAUCGUCAUCAUCAUUCUCCUUCACUCUAUCUCCUCGAGGCGUCUUUGACACGGACCCCGAUCAGACGCUUACCCUGCUGAUCGACUUCAAGACCUACGGCCGCGACAUCUGGCCACUCGUACUCGACCAGCUCGAGCCGCUGCGCGCUCGAAACUAUCUCUCCUACUUCAACGGUACCGACGUCGUCCGCCGACCUCUCACCAUUGUCGCCACUGGCGACGCACCAUUUGACCUCCUGACCGCAAAUACCACGUACCGGUACAUCUUCUACGACGCGCCGCUGAAUCAGAUGUGGGACGAAAGAGCACACCGAGGCAGCAGCCGCUGGUAUGAUUGGUUAUUCACAGGAUACAAGUCCGUCAAGGGGGAAGGAAGUAGCGCUGUCGAAACCGAGAUUGAAGAAUGGUCUUCUUCCUCCAACGAGCCCAACGAAGAAGAUUCUAAUUCCCGGCAUCAUCGCCGCCCCCACCACCGGCCGCACCGGCCCUGGUCGACUCGCGAUGACUCUGCAGACAGCUCCUCCCAGCAACUGGAACCAUACUCUACCAGCAACUCGUACUAUGCCAGCUUCUCGUUCAAGAAAACAAUUGGUAUCCCUUGGCGCCUCCACCUGACCAAGUGGCAAAUCGAGCGUAUUCGGGGCCAGAUCCGCGGCGCCCACGCGCGCGGCCUGCAGGCCCGCUAUUGGAGCCUGCCCGCCUGGCCGCUCAGGCUGCGCAAUCAUAUCUGGGAUGUGCUCGUCCAGGAAGGCAUCGAUUUGCUGAAUGUCGAUGAUUUGCGCGGCGCGACUCGACGAGAGUGGCGCACUAAUGAGCCUUCUACCACGACUGAUCUGCCGACUUGA